CCCAACAUCUACAUGUUGAUUUUUCCUUUUUUGGCGUUGAACACUCCUCCUCUGCAGUCUCCGAGGAUACAUAUAAAAAAGAUGUUAUGAAAUGCCAGCGAGAUUACGAAAAUCAUGAAUGUUGUAGUAUGAACAAAGUUUUGAAAGAAGCUUGGCAAGGCAUUUCAUUUCAUUUCAGCAGCAGAACUGAAUCAACACCUCUAGUACAUCAGUCAGUCGAACCAUGAAGUCAUUAGUGGAUUUAUGCCUUUUCUGUGUGGCAAACAACCUCAGUAAGAUCAAAAAUGUUGGAAAUUUUCUCUCAAGAGCUGAUAAAGAAAUUUUAGUGGAAAGGCUGUGCGAUCAUGACAUGUUAUCGGCCGAUCGCUUGCCCAUCAUAACGAAACAUUUAUUCUCACGACAAUUACAAACAAUUUCACUACAGUACAACUGUGAUCAGGUGACGGACGCAGUGCUGGCGAACCUUGCUUCGUGCAAAUGUCAGUUAAGAAGUUUGACGAUUAAGUCUUGUCACAAAAUUACAGAUAAAGGUAUGAGUAAUUUCUGCAAGACUCAGAAACAGCUGGAAUACUUAAACAUCAAAGGAAACUCCCUAAAUCAACUGACAGACAAAUGGUUUUCUUAUCUGCAAUCACCUUGUCUAUCAACUUUGAUAAUCAAGGGCUUGGAUAUAACAACUAAUAAUGGUAUCCAAAUGCUUGUAAAAAACUGCCCACAAAUUCAUGAGCUACGACUUCAAAGGUGCAGCAAAUUGUCAGACGGAGCAAUUGAAAUCAUUACUUUUGGACUGGCAGAAAACUUGGAAAUCUUAGAUGUUAAAGAUGCAAGAUUGAUCACAGAUAUGAGUUUAAGAGCACUUGGAAACGGGAACUGCUAUAACCUUAAAGAGCUUUAUUUGCAAGGUUGUAAUCUUAUCUCAGGAAAUGGUUUAAAGCUGGUCCCACUAGGUUGCCCAAAGCUUGAACGCCUUGACAUUAGUUACUGCUACAGAGUUAUGCAAGAUGGCUUUUCCUUCCUGCCAAAAGAGGCUUUCCCAGAUACUCUUGUUGAAUUGAGUGUCUAUGGAGUACAGCUAUCAGGGGUCCUUAUCACUUCUCUUGUUAAGCGCUUAACUCACAUUAAAACAAUGAGGCUAUGUGGGAUUCAAGCUGUUACUGAUGAUGUCCUUGAAAGUGUUUGUGUAAGUGCUGGGAAGACAUUAGUAGAGCUGGACCUCAGUGCAUGUACAGCAAUCACUGACUGUGGUCUUUCAUCUAUUCGUCGGCACUGCAGAGUUCUUGAGUCACUUAUGAUGGAUUUCAGUCAUAAUGUGACUGGAAAAACACUGGAACCAUUAUUUAAUGACCCAAAACGUGCAAGUGAGAUAAGAGAGAUAGGCUUCAGUGGCUGUAAAAAUUUUUCAGAAGACACCAUUCGUCUAAUUGUGAUGUCCUGCCCUAACCUAGAGAUGCUACUUGUAGCUGGAAUCAAGAAUGUAGAUGAUGAGCUCCUAAUGUCUAUGGCUAGGAAUUGCACUAAGCUCGUAAAAGUUAAUCUUAAAGGCUGCGAACAGGUUACAGACAAUGGUAUAUGUGAACUGGUUCGGUUUUGUCCUAUCUCAUGUAUCGUUGUAUCAGGCAUACACAGUCUGACAGACAAGUCAGUAUUUGCCCUCACAAACAGCUGUACCUCAACGUUAAAGGAGGUCUAUGCUUCUGCCUGCAGUAAAAUCACUAUUCAAGCUAUCAAUUACCUCAAGGAUUGUUGCCUAAGACGCAUUUAUGUGGAGCACCGUACACCUAACCUUGACCCCGAUCAACUAAUGGCCAAGAAUCUAGACACUGGGGAAUUCUGUCGUGCAGAUCUUCUCGUUCAAGCUCAUGCAACUACUUUUCCAGAAUCUUUACGACAUGAAACAACUAUUGAAUCUGAUUUCUUACAUCGGCUGAUGUCAGUGGGACUUAGGUAGAUAGGAAUGAAAUAUUUUGAUGUGUGGAAAAUGUGCAAAAUUUGUGCAAAAAAUAUUUACGAACCGUUAAGGAAGCAUGGCUAGCCUGUAUAAAUUACUGGUUCCUGUCAUAAACCAUCCCAAACUAAAUAUACUACUAAGAGCUGGAUAAGCCCAUACAGCCCACAAUAAACACCCGGUAAUAAGUGAUAUUGCCAGCUUUAGGUUGGAAUAUAUAAAUGGAUAUUGCAGUAAUUUAAAAGGCACACUUGUCAAAAAAGAAGAGACAAGUGCAUGUGACAUCUCACAUUCCCAAUUGUUAAAAUAUAGUUGAAUUAUUGAGUUAAUGACUAUGGUUUAAAGUAGUUUCUAAGCUGUUCUGGUUUGCUGUAUAUACUUUAUGCAGAACAAGCAACUAACAGAGUUAAUGUUAAUCAGAGUUAAUCAUACUACGUCAAUUCUUGUGAAAACGUUCUCAUGCAUAGUUUUCUCAAAGUUCUUGAAAACGGAGUUUGUGCUUUUUAAAUGUAAAAUUUUAAAUAAAGAACAAGUUAAUGUAAA